UUUCCCCAAAUCCGAUCGCACCAAGCCUUGUGUCACUCAAAACAACUUAAAAUUUUCCAACGAUUAUGUCAAACUAAAGAUUAAUUCCUAUUGUGUAACUUGCAAUAGUUCUGGAUAAAUCCCAAGUCAUACGAAAGUUAAUUCAUGUUUAUAAAUUAAAUUAAAAUGGCGACUGAAAAAGUUAGUGAAGCCAUGUUGGUAGAUGAAACUCUAAAUGAGCAAGAUCAGAAUGAUAAACCUAACAAUCCAAGUACUGAAUUAAGGAAACGCCCUUCGAAGAAGGCAACUAGUAAAAACAAUAGUUUGGAAUACAGAAUGUUUGAUAAUGAAGAAGAAGUUUUCCGACAGCGUGUUAAGAAGGCACCAAGGUCCCGGGUCCGGGUUCGCUCACGGUUGAAGAAGCAAUUGAAACGUGCCAAGAGUCGAGCUUGCUUUAAAUUGCCUAUGACUGUUAUGAAGAAGCGCGGACGACCCAAGAAAAAGUAAAAUUUUAUUUAGAUUUGUGAAUGUCCAUUGUUUUUGUUGUCUUUCGUUUUAAGUUUGACAUAUGAGCAACCUAUUUUGUGUUUUUAUAUAUUGGAAAUUUAAUAAAAUCCUCUCAAAGUACUA